CUGACGCCAAGUUGCACCUUACUAUUUAGACAAAAUUUCACGAAUGAGGUGAUAUGCUAAUCCUAAAUUCCUACGCCUAAUUAUUUAUCACGUUCAUUAAUUUAAAAGGUCGAGUAAAAAUAUAUUACCUAUCGUGAAAAACAAAUUCUUAAUUAAUGUGCAUUUCCUAAGAAUCUACGUGCAAGGUGAAGCGAGGAAGAGACUGGUUAGUACUUAACUGUCUGAAACAAUGCGUCUUUGAACGGUUUCAUGAGUAUUUUAAAGAUCCGCAAAGCAGUCAUUCACGCAAUUUAUUUAUUGACAUCAUUCGGUUAUAGUGCGCAAGCAAAGGACAGUGAUCCUCACAGUGGAUAAUGAAAAAAAUAAAAGAGCUACUAUGUAUCAUCGCAAUUUAUGUUUAUCAAGUCAGAAGUGUGGACGAGAGAGGAUGCAAAGGGUUAAUGGAGUUAGUUGUCAUCAUAGACGGUUCGGACAGUAUCAAUAAACCCGAUUAUGAUUCUUUAAAAGUCUCCAUGACGACAUUAGUGCAAAAAUUAGACAUUCAAGAAACUGAAAUCCGGAUAUCGUUUAUUGUCUUCAGUUCGGACAUUGCAUUGGAGACGCCCAUGAUGGGGGACAAACAGCAGGCGACAAAUACCGCCGCUACAUUACCUCAUCCCAGGGAUGGGACGAAAACAUGGUUGGCUCUGGAGGCAAUGGCACGAGUUAUAGAUAGUAGUCGCAUCGGAGAUCGCGCAGAUGUGCCUGUAGUGGGAGUGGUGCUCACUGACGGAAUAUCAAAAGAUGAAGCAAAAACUAGGAGAGCUGCAAAAGCUUUGAAAGACAGAGGAGUGACAAUGUACGCUAUUGGUGUUACAGACAUCAAAAAUAAGAAAGAACUGAAUGAUAUAGCUUCAGGGAGUGAAAAAGUCAUCACUUUCCAAUCUUUUUCCGAGUUAGCUGAGAAAUUGGAAUCUCUUGUGAAACUUGUCUGUCCUAAAUGUCCCCCAAAUCCUCUUCUUCCACACUCAGACACUCCACAAGGAGAUUAUAUAGUAGACACAGUGCUGGAGUAUCAUUGUAUGCCGGACUAUGUUCCAGUGGGAAAUAACACGAUCUUAUGUCAAAGGGACCUUACAUGGACAAAACUUGACUAUGCCUGCAAAUCCGACUGUGGUACUCCUCCCGUUCUUGAACAUACCAUAUUGGAUAUGCCUGGCAGACUUGAGGGAUCUAAGACAAGAUAUCAAUGUACCAGAGGAUCUGUUUUAGAAGGGACACCAGAAACUGUCUGUCAGGAAAAUGGGCAGUGGUCCAGACCAACCUUCAAAUGUCGAGCCGACUGUGGAUUGCCAAAUAUCAUAAAACACGCUACACUGAGUGACGGAGGUCAACUAGAGGGUGACAAAAGAACAUAUACAUGUGACGCAACAACCACAGUACAAGAAGGAAACCCAACCAUAGUGUGUCAACACAAUGGAAAAUGGUCCGUGACGGACAUUUACUGUAGACCUAAUUGUGGUUAUCCACCCAAAAUCGAGCGAGCUACUAUAUCUGCUGGUGGAUUAUUAGAAGGCGCCACGCGCACGUAUACCUGUAAUGUAGGAACAGUCACAGAGGGCAACACAAUGAUUACAUGUGGUCCUGACGGAAAAUGGUCUACCACGAACCUUUACUGUAGACCUGACUGUGGGCCACCACCCAAAGUAGAGCGUGCAGUUAUAAAAGAACACAACGUGGUUAUAGAAGGCGUCAGGCUUCCUGGUACACUGGAGGGGGUGACGAGGUUUUACCAAUGUCAACCAAAUACUGUGGCCGAAGGUCUGACUAGUACUACAUGUCAGUUGAACGGACAAUGGACGGUCACCAAUCUUUAUUGUCGACCUAACUGUGGCAAUCCCCCAACGAUCGAGAGAAGCACAGUGACUUUUGAGGGGACACUGGAGGGCCAUACCGCCACCUAUACAUGCACACAAAAUACUCACACAGAGGGUUCCACAAAUAUCGUCUGCCAAAUAGAUGGAACCUGGUCAUCAACAAAUCUUUUCUGCAGACCCGAUUGUGGGCCACCACCGGUAAUCGAGCGAUCCACAAUUUCUCCUGGAGACAACAAGCAAGGAACAACAAGAACUUAUACUUGUCUUAGCAAUACUGUGAUGGAAGGAGAUCCAGCAAUUACAUGUGGAAUGAAUGGACUUUGGUCACAAACAAACCUGUAUUGUCGUCCUGACUGUGGACCUCCACCAAUGGUUAAGCGUGCCAUAAUCUUAGAUUAUAAUAAGGUCAUAGAAGGUGUAAGGCUACCUGGUACUCUAGAGGGAGUUACAAGAUACUACGAAUGUCAAGCAAAUACCGUUGCAGAAGGACUGACCAGUACUACUUGUCAAGUGGAUGGAAGAUGGUCUGCCACAGGAUUAUAUUGUCGACCUAAUUGUGGUAAACCCCCAGUUAUUGAAAGAAGUACCGUGACCUAUGUGGAAACAUUGGAAGGACAAACAGCUACAUACACAUGUGCACAAAACACCAGAACAGAAGGCUCCACAACGAUAACAUGUCAAAACGAUGGAACCUGGUCAUCUACUACUCUUUAUUGCAGACCCAAUUGUGGGCCACCACCAAUGAUACUCAGGGCCAAGAUUUCCAAAGGCGACACUUAUGAGGGAACAGUAAGAACAUACACAUGUAUGAGAAACACUGUCAUGGAGGGAACACCAACUAUUACUUGUGGAAUUGAUGGGCAGUGGUCAAAGACAAAUUUGUACUGCAGACCGGACUGUGGCGAACCUAUGAAGAUAGAACGAGCAAUCAUUGACCGAGGGUCAACACUAGAGGGCGAUGUCUGGACAUACACAUGUGACCAGAAAACCGUCACAGAAGGGGAAACUCAGAUAGUUUGCUUAGAAUCUGGAUUCUGGUCGAAUACAAGCCUAUACUGUCGACCGGAUUGUGGAGAACCUCCUUUGAUAGAUAGAGCAAAUGUGGAUGUGGGCAAGACUGUGGAGGGCAUCAUCAGAACGUACACUUGUCAGGGCAAAACUGUAACGGAGGGUUCCAGGAAGAUCAGAUGUGAAAUCACCGGUCUCUGGUCAACGAGCAGCUUGUAUUGUCGACCGGAUUGUGGGCCACCUCCAGUGAUCAAGAGAUCAACAAUUUCCGUUGGAAACAAUUUACAAGGAACUAUCAGAAGAUACACUUGUGAUCAGAACACAGUGACGGAGGGGGAGACUUCAACAGAAUGCCAGAUAGAUGGAACCUGGUCCCAAAUAAAUCUCUACUGCAGACCGGAUUGUGGAGAACCUCCUUUGAUAGAUAGAGCAAAUGUGGAUGUGGGCAAGACUGUGGAGGGCAUCAUCAGAACGUACACUUGUCAGGGCAAAACUGUAACGGAGGGUUCCAGGAAGAUCAGAUGUGAAAUCACCGGUCUCUGGUCAACGAGCAGCUUGUAUUGUCGACCGGAUUGUGGGCCACCUCCAGUGAUCAAGAGAUCAACAAUUUCCGUUGGAAACAAUUUACAAGGAACUAUCAGAAGAUACACUUGUGAUCAGAACACAGUGACGGAGGGGGAGACUUCAACAGAAUGCCAGAUAGAUGGAACCUGGUCCCAAAUAAAUCUCUACUGCAGACCCGAUUGUGGUGACCCAUACCCAAUUCCAAGAUCCGUUAUUAGUGGUGGUUCCAAUUUGGAGGGAUCAACGAGAACCUACACCUGUAAUGAAAACACGCGAACAGAGGGAGACACCACAAUAAGGUGUGAAGAAACCGGACUGUGGUCCCUGACUAACCUCUACUGCAGACCCAAUUGUGGUGUACCUCAACCAAUCCUGCGUGCAACCAUUAGUGCUGGAGGGACCCACGAAGGCGACAAGCGGAGGUAUACUUGUAAUCAACAAACAGUGACGGAGGGAAAUACUGAAAUCCACUGUCAACCUAACGGACAAUGGUCCACCACCAAUCUCUAUUGCAGGCCUGACUGCUUAGAGCCACCCAUGAUUGACCGAGCGACUAUUACUGUGGGCAGAACGGUAGAAGGCACCACCCGAACAUAUACCUGUAAUCCGGGGAGCCAUACAGAGGGCACCACCACCAUCACAUGUCAACAAAGUGGAGCUUGGUCAGCAACGAACCUCUACUGCAGACCUGACUGUGGUAAUCCACCAAUUGUGGCCAGAUCGAGUAUUUCACUUGGCAACAACUUGGAAGGAACAACACGAUAUUACACAUGCGCAGAAAACACUGUGGCAGAAGGGCUUACACAGACAACUUGUCAGAUUGACGGAACGUGGACUGUUACAAACUUAUACUGCAGACCAAACUGUGGAAUUCCAAUGAACAUCCCUAGAGCAACUAUAUCCCCUGGAGACACACUGGAAGGAACAGUCAGAACAUAUACUUGCGCCCCGAACACAGUGACAGAGGGACCCACAGAAACUAUAUGUCAGUUAAGCGGACAGUGGUCUCUUACAGCAAUGGAUCUAUACUGUAGACCUGACUGUGGUGAACCCGUGCCAAUUGACCGCGCGACAAUUGCCCCUGGAAGCAACCUAGAAGGUUCCACCCGUUUCUACAGCUGCGCAUCCAAUACCGUAGCGGAAGGGCAACUUAACAUCGUUUGUCAGAAAGAUGGAAUGUGGUCAAUGACUAACCUAUAUUGCAGACCAAAUUGUGGCAUACCUGAUACUAUACUACGUGGUGGUCUUAAAUAUGACUCAACGUUGGAAGGUGCCAUAGCCACUUAUUCUUGUGCCUCAAACACUGUAUUAGAGGGUGGUUCUACAAUUGUUUGUCAGGGAAAUGGACGCUGGUCAAAUAUAACUACAUACUGUCGGCCAAAUUGUGGAGAACCCCCAGUGAUACCUCGGGCUACUGUUUCUGUUGGAUCCACACUGGAAGAUGACACUAGGACAUACACCUGUAACGCCGGAACGGUCGCAGAAUCCGGACCGUCCGAAAUUGUGUGUCAGAAAAAUGGACUGUGGUCAUCCACUGACUUGUAUUGUAGGCCCGACUGUGGUGCACCUCCAGUCAUUCCUAGAGCCACAAUAUCACCUGGUAGUAACUUAGAAGAAAGUAUAAGAGUGUACACAUGUGAUGCCAACACCUUGACACAGGGUAUCAUCAACAUUAGAUGUGAUCGGAACGGACAAUGGUCAACUACAGACUUAUACUGCAGACCAAUAUGUGGAAGACCGCCAUUGAUAGAGAGGGCCUCCUUUUAUGCUAAUUCCACAGCCGAAGGAGGCGUUGCUUUGUAUCAGUGUAGUAAUUGGACGGUUACUGAGGGCUCAACAUCGAUCGUUUGUCAGAAGAAUGGUCUAUGGUCAGACACCGACUUGUACUGUAGACCAAACUGUGGUCCACCUCCCAAAAUUCCUAGAUCCACCGUACAACCAGGGGAUACAACAGAGGGGACCUCCCGAUUUUAUGUGUGUGAUAAAUCUACUAUAACUGAGGGAAUCACCGAGACCAAAUGUCUUAAAGACGGGACUUGGUCCAAAAUAGACAUGUAUUGUAGACCUGACUGUGGCGCACCUGUUUCUGUGGAGAACUCUAAAACAAUUUACCCCACCUCAACGGUAGAGGGCACAAGACUAUUACUGGAGUGUGUAGAAGGAACUGUACCAGAAGGAAGCAAUGAGGUGUUCUGUCAGAAAGAUGGAACUUGGACGAAACCUACUCUGUACUGCAGACCUGAUUGCAAGAAACCACUGAUGAUACCUAGAGCAACAGCUCAGUACACUAGCACACUGGAGCAGGCCAUGGUUGUGUAUGUGUGUAAUCCAGGAACUGUGAGCGAGGGAGAGAAUACCAUCGUCUGCAAACAUGACGGAACGUGGAGCGAUACAAAUCUUUACUGCAGACCUGAAUGUGGGCCUCCCCCAAAAAUACCACGAUCCACCAUAACCGCCGGAAAUUGGACGGAGGGGUCCACGUUGACGUACUGGUGUGAUGAGAGAACGGUGACAGAGGGAAAUCCCUCGAUCACGUGUCAGAAUAACGGCCUCUGGUCCGAUACCAAUUUAUACUGCAGACCUGAUUGUGGUGUUCCAAAACUCAUUCAUCGUGCGAUCCUGUCAGAAGGCGAUACAUUAGAGGGGAUAACUCGCACUUAUACAUGUAUAUCUAAUACUGUCGCUGAGGGCAAAACGACGAUAGUCUGCCAAAAAGAUGGACAAUGGUCUUCAACAAACUUGUAUUGCAGACCAAACUGCGGUGCACCUCCAGUGGUGGAGAGAGCUGUUGUGGAUAUGGAAGGUUCUACACUUGAGGGUGCCAUAAGAUAUUAUGCGUGUAUCGGAGGCUCUGUGCUGGAGGGCGAAAACAGCAUCACGUGUGGGCAAGAUGGACGCUGGUCUGACGUCAGAGUCUACUGCCGACCUAAUUGCAACCAACCCCCGCCGUUACUCCACGCCACUGUCGAUACCAGUACCGGUACUUUGGAAGGCAGCAUUGCUGUCUAUAGUUGUGAUCGUAACACGGUUCAAGAAGGCUUUGGAGAAACUGUUUGUCAAAAGGAUGGAACUUGGUCAAAAGUUGACAUUUACUGCAGACCUGACUGUGGUCCACCACCGGUGAUAGCUAGAGCCACACUACAGGAAGGCUUUAACACUGAGGGGUCUGUACGCUAUUAUGUCUGUGACAAAAAUUCUGUAAAAGAAGGAAUAGGAGAAACUGUCUGUCAGUCAGACGGAACUUGGACUCCAGCCAAUGUGUAUUGCAGACCUGAUUGCGGUAUGCCUCCACGACUCCCUAAUGCAUUUAUCGAGACACCUGGGGGACCAACGACUGAAGGAUCGGAAAUUGUGUAUGGAUGUAUAGAGAAUCACGUGGCUGAGGGCGAUCCGUCCGUUUUCUGCAAGAAAGAUGGAUUAUGGACAGAUUCAUCUCUAUACUGCAGGCCUGAUUGUGGUUUGCCAGCAUUGCCCCCACGAGUCCUUCCGCUACCUGACGACGCAUAUACAUUAGAGGGUGCUGUAAUAACAAUGGUCUGUGAUGAUGACAAUGUUCCCGAAGGAGAUAAUACCUUAAAGUGUGGUUCUGACGGGCGAUGGUCGGUUUCAAACUUUUAUUGCAGACCGGAUUGUGGACCACCUCCAAAAAUACCACGAACAACUAUCAAGGGACUGGAAGGGGGUACACUAGAAGGCACCACUAUAAUGUAUAUUUGUGAUGAUAAUACUGACCCCUCUGGAACCCCAACAAGUGUGUGUGGCGAUGACGGACUUUGGUCACAAGUCACUAUUAAAUGCACUCCAAAUUGUGGAACCCCAAGUAACAUCCCUAGAGCUGUAAUAAGGGACGGACCAACAAGCGAAGGAGCAGUAAGAGUUUAUGAUUGUAAAUCCGGGACAGUAGCCGAGGGAGAUAACACAAUCACGUGUCAGAGUAAUGGCCUCUGGACCAGGUCGGAGCUUUACUGUAGACCGGAUUGUGGUCAACCGCGCCUGAUUGAGCGAGCAACAAUCUCUCCUGGGGGAACGCUGGAAGGUAGCGUUCGUACCUACACUUGUGAUGCUAAUUCGCAAGCAGAGGGAGAUACUGUCACAACAUGCAGGAAAGACGGAACUUGGACAACAGUUAACCUUUACUGUCGACCUGACUGUGGGAAGCCCCCUCCUAUCGCCAGAGCUACAGUUCGGCCUGGUGACACUACUGAGGGAUCAGUAAGGACGUACAUCUGUGAUGCGGACACCAAGGCAACAGGGGAUCCCACCAUCACCUGUCAAAAGAAUGGACAGUGGACAAUAUCUACACUCAACUGUGAGAUAUCUGUUGUCGUACCGCCUGAUCCCGAUUUACCUCCUGGAGAAGAUAUCUGCGAUAAAUGUUUAAUGAGAAAUGGAGUUGGUUUUAUUGCUCAUCCAGAACAUUGUUAUAAGUUUGUCCAGUGCUAUUUUGGUCCGAAAGGGGAAAUCCGUUCAGCUAUCAGAAGCUGCCCAUAUGGACAAUACUGGGAUCAGAAAGCUUUAACUUGCAAACUGGCCAAACAAGUAACUUGCAAUAAAGAAAAAUGUAAACUACCAGCUUUGAAAUCCUACGCAAUGCAACACGUAAAAAAUUGUCGUGCGUACUGGAAAUGCAUCUUAGGAAAAUCCUACGGCAUGUGCUGCCCAGAAGGAAAACGAUAUAAACCUUAUGUAGGAUGUAUCACAGACUCCUCGUGCACGGAUGCCUGCCCACCGCUUUCAGGAGGGCUGGGUGCUUGCGAUUCACGUAUGAUAUUUGGUAACCCUGCUUAUUUUGAGCAGUAUGUGCCUGGUCAUAAUUGGCAAAAGAUGCCAUGUCCUCUAGGAACAUCGUAUAAUGCCGCCGACUGUGGCUGUACUACCCACACUGAAACCCAAACCCAGGAUAAAGUCUGCCGCCCAGAAGUAUACCUACCGUUUGAUACGGACACCGAUGACAAAUCCGGAAAUGGUGUAUAUAUACAAAACAAUAAUGUUUCAGUCGUUCAGGGCGUAGCUUAUUUCAAUGGAGAGGCAGAGCUAGUUAUACCCAGAUUUUCGAAUUUUGACUACAAAGAACUUGUCAUAGCCUUCACUUUCUUGGAAACGCCACCAUCCCAAGAAGUGACAGCUUUAGUCAGCAAUAGUGACUGCUGUUCCUCGACUCCGACAUUGGCGAUGGUGAAAAGUUACAAAAGUGUACACUUCUUAGCCAAAUGUAGCGGAGGAGUAGUUUCAACAUUUAGAUUACCAGUUCAUCUAGGGAAUUGGAAUAAAGUAUUUUAUAUUCAUGACACCGAGAAACUAGAGGGGCGUUGUAAUGGCAUAGAUUAUUCAAAAUGGGCUAUUGGACCAAUACAGUCAACACAUACAGCAAUACAUAUAGGCUAUGGAAGAGGCUUUAAGAAUUUUAAAGGAUAUAUGGACGACGUGACUAUUUUCUUGUGCAAACCAAGAUAUUUAUAAAAUGUUUAAUAAUCCAAAAUGAUGAAAUCCAUCCCAAGUGUAUAAAUUUUUUUUUUGAAAAAAAAACCAAGAACCGAAUCAUUCUACGUAUACAUUGUCUACCGGUGUGUACAUGCAUGUAACUUUAUGAGAGACUUUUUAAGCUGUGCAAUACUUCAGGAGAGUACCUGUCUCGUUCUUUGGAGUAUAGAAAUAUUCAUGAUUAUAUGUAGAAGUAUACCUUAAAUUCUUCGUUGAAAUCCAUUAUGUUUUACAUAAAAUAUAUACAAAUUGAA